UCCAUCGCCCACUCCUCCCAGUCUCCAGUCUCUCUCUCUCUCUCUCUUACUUAAUGGGCUCGUGCCUCUCGUCCUCCUCGUCGCCGGCGACGGUGGACAGAACCCUAACGGCGGGCCCCCGGGGCGGUGGCUCCUCGGGCCUCUCUCGGUUCCGAUCAAGGAGCUGGAGGGGGCGGAAGAAGGCAAUGAAGGAGAAGCAGAAGAGAGGAGGCGGGGGGCGGCGGCGUGCGGCGGUCGACGGCAGUGGCGAGGCCGAGGAGGACGAGCUCGACCGCGUGCCCGGACGGAUGUUCUUGAACGGCACCAGCGAGGCGGCAUGCCUCUACACGCAGCAGGGAAGGAAGGGGACUAACCAGGACGCCAUGAUUGUGUGGGAGAAUUUCUCUUUGACAAAAGACACCAUUUUCUGUGGGGUUUUUGAUGGUCAUGGUCCGUAUGGUCAUAUGGUUUCCAAGAAAGUCAGAGAUUCUCUUCCUCUCAAGUUGUCCACCCAAUGGAGAGCUAGUCUUAACAGUCAUGAGAGUCCUGAUCCAAACGGUAGCAUCUCUGGGAGUAUGAACUCUGAAGAAACAGCAUCUAUGAGCAUAGAUGAUGAGUGCGGUGAAUCAUUAGAUGUUGAUGAGAAUGAAAAAUUGCCUGAGAUGUAUCUUCCGCUAAAGCAGUCUUUUCUCAAGUCUUUCAAGUCGAUGGACAAAGAGUUGAAGUUUCACCCAACUAUUGACUGUUUCUGCAGUGGAACUACAGCUGUUACUGUGGUAAAGCAGGGACAAGAUCUUGUUAUCGGGAACAUUGGCGACUCAAGAGCGAUAAUGGGAACACGGGACAAGGAAAAUAAUUUGACUGCUGUGCAAUUGACUGUUGAUCUGAAGCCCAAUCUUCCUAGGGAAGCUGCUAGAAUCCAGCAAUGCAAGGGACGAGUUUUUGCACUGCAGGAUGAACCAGAAGUUGCACGAGUUUGGUUGCCAAACAAUGACUCCCCUGGCUUGGCGAUGGCCAGAGCUUUUGGGGAUUUCUGUCUUAAAGAUUAUGGUCUAAUAUCAGUUCCAGAAAUUUCAUAUCGUCACCUGACUGAGAAAGACGAGUUUAUAGUUCUUGCAACUGAUGGGGUCUGGGAUGUUCUUUCCAACAAGGAAGUAGUUGAUGUGGUUGGUUCUGCUCCCACUCGCAGCACUGCUGCAAGAGCUGUUGUUGACUGUGCUGUACGAGCCUGGCGACUCAAGUUUCCAACAUCAAAAAUUGAUGACUGUGCUGUUGUCUGUCUAUUCUUGAAACCCAUUUCAUCAUCUGAUCCAGUUCAGAAAUGUGACUCCAACAGAUCAGAUGCUGAGUCAACAGAGACAGCAGUCUUGGUUCUUGCAGAUAAAGAAGUCACAGUCAAGCAAGAAACACAUGAAUUAAUUACUGUUGAUGUUCCAACUUCUGCUUUGGAACCUUCUUAUCCUGUUCACAGUGCAAACGAGAUCGUCCCAGUAUCAGAGGGACCUGAUUUGGAAACUGUGACCGAAAGAUCCCAGUCUACCAGGAGCCUUGCCGACUGUAUAUCCACCACAGAGGAGGAGGAAUGGUCUGCCUUAGAAGGCAUCACCAGGGUGAACUCCCUACUUAAUCUUCCAAGAUUUUUAUCUGGUGAUAAGAGAUCCUCGAGUUGGAAAAAAUGGUUGUAAGAAGCCACAGUCACAUGCAACGUGGUCAUUCUAUUAUUGCCCAGCUCAAACACAAGGAAGUUCAAGGUGAAAAAACUCCUUACAAUUGGGAAGUAAAUCUGAAAAUUGUUGUACUGCAAAUUUCUCCGAAGCCAAUGUUCUCAUUAAGUUUGGAUUAGCAAUGUUAUCUACAUUGAUUGUAGAAGUGCAACGCAAGACCUAUCUUCUGUUAUUAUAUUCUGCUCAUGCUGGAGGUCUAGACCUCACAGGAUUCUUUUCUCAUGUACAAAGUUUUUGUGUGGAAAGAAGCCUGUGAAUCAUGUGUUGCCUCCCACCUAUGUGAAGAACAGCCUAUGUGCUCUCUUGUUCAAGCAUCUUUUUGUGUUCCA